GCCGGACUAGGAGUCCGAGGCGGCGAUCGGCGAACAGGCUGCAGUCGGGGUCCGGGCGCGCUCCGGGGGCGCGGCGAGGCGGAGGGGGCGGGCGCCGGGCGGAGCCGGAGUCGGAGUCGCGGCGCCUGGAGGAGAUCGGGCCGCGCGCUGAGAGCACCGAGUAGCGGAGAGGCCGCGCGGCGCGGGGCAGGGCCCGAGCGCAGCCCCCGGACGCAGGAGAUCGGAGUGCAGUCGCGGCCUGAGCGGCGGGAGCGCAUCCGAGACUCGCCGCAGAGACACCCAGGCCGGCCGCUCCCGGGCCAUGCGCGCCGCUCGCUGAGACCCGGGGAGGCCGCGAUGGAGGCGCCAGCGGGAGAGUCAGCGGCGCGGGGCUACGGCCCCCCGCCUGUGCCCGCGCCCACCGCGGAGAGGAAGAAGAGCCACCGCGCGCCAUCGCCAGCCCGGCCCAAGGACGUGGCCGGCUGGUCUCUAGCCAAAGGCCGCCGCAGCACAGGCCCGGGGGCCGCUACAGCCUGUGGCGCCGCGUCCUCGGCGAGGCCCGACAAGAAGGGACGCGCGGUGGCUCCUGGCGCCCGAGGCGCGGGGCCGCGGGUGGCCGGGGUGCGCACGGGGGUCCGCGCCAAGGGCCGCCCUCGUCCGGGUACCGGGCCCCGCCCGCCACCGCCGCCGCCCAGCCUCACGGACAGCAGCUCCGAGGUGUCGGACUGCGCGUCGGAGGAGGCGCGCCUGCUGGGCCUGGAGCUGGCGCUGAGCAGCGACGCCGAGUCUGCGGCGGGCGGCCCGGCGGGGACCCGUACGGGGCAGCCGCCCCAGCCAGCGCCGUCGGGGCAGCAGCCUCCGCGGCCGCCCGCCUCCCCGGAUGAGCCGUCGGUGGCCGCAUCGUCGGUGGGCAGCAGCCGCUUGCCACUCAGCGCCUCGUUAGCCUUCUCCGACCUCACCGAGGAGAUGCUGGACUGUGGGCCCGGAGGCUUGGUGCGGGAGCUGGAAGAGCUGCGUUCCGAGAACGACUAUCUUAAGGAUGAGAUUGAGGAGCUCCGGGCUGAGAUGCUGGAGAUGCGGGAUGUCUACAUGGAGGAAGACGUGUACCAGCUGCAGGAGUUGCGGCAGCAGCUGGACCAAGCCAGCAAGACCUGCCGCAUCCUGCAGUACCGGCUGCGUAAGGCCGAGCGCCGCAGCCUCCGCGCCGCCCAGACAGGGCAGGUUGAUGGGGAACUCAUCCGCGGUCUGGAACAGGACGUCAAGGUCUCUAAGGACAUCUCCAUGCGGCUUCACAAGGAGCUGGAGGUGGUGGAGAAGAAGCGGAUGAGGCUGGAGGAGGAGAACGAGGGCCUUCGGCAGAGGCUCAUCGAGACAGAGCUGGCCAAGCAGGUGCUACAGACGGAGCUGGAUCGCCCCAGAGAGCAUUCCUUGAAGAAAAGAGGAACCCGAUCUCUGGGGAAGACAGAAAAGAAGCCUACCACACAGGAGGACAGUGCAGACCUCAAGUGCCAGCUGCAUUUUGCAAAGGAGGAGUCGGCCCUCAUGUGCAAGAAGCUCACCAAGUUGGCUAAGGAGAACGACAGCAUGAAGGAGGAACUGCUCAAGUACCGGUCUCUCUACGGGGACCUGGACGCAGCCCUGUCUGCAGAGGAGCUGGCGGACGCUCCGCACUCGCGGGAGACUGAGCUGAAGGUGCACCUGAAGCUGGUGGAGGAGGAGGCCAACCUGCUGAGCCGGCGCAUCGUGGAGCUGGAGGUGGAGAACCGGGGCCUGCGGGCCGAGAUGGACGACAUGAAGGACCACGGAGGUGGCGGGGGUCCCGAGGCCAGGCUGGCCUUCUCUUCUCUCGGUGGCGAGUGUGGGGAGAGCCUAGCCGAGCUGCGGCGACAUCUGCAGUUCGUGGAAGAGGAGGCUGAGCUGCUGCGGCGCUCCUCGGCCGAGUUGGAGGACCAGAACAAGUUGCUGUUGAACGAGCUGGCCAAAUACCGCUCGGAGCACGAGCUGGACGUGACUCUGUCGGAGGACAGCUGCUCGGUGCUCAGCGAGCCCUCGCAGGAGGAGCUGGCGGCCGCCAAGCUGCAGAUCGGCGAGCUGAGCGGCAAGGUCAAGAAACUUCAGUACGAGAACCGCGUGCUCCUCUCCAACCUGCAGCGCUGUGACCUGGCCUCCUGCCAGAGCACGCGCCCCAUGCUGGAGACGGACGCUGAGGCUGGGGACUCCGCGCAGUGCGUGCCUGCCCCUCUGGGCGAGACGCUGGAGCCUCACGCCUCCCGGCUUUGCAGGGCCCGUGAGGCUGAGGCGCUGCCGGGCCUACGGGAGCAGGCCGCUUUGGUCAGCAAGGCCAUCGACGUCCUGGUGGCUGAUGCCAAUGGCUUCUCAGUCGGCCUCCGCCUGUGCCUGGACAAUGAGUGUGCUGACUUGCGAUUGCACGAGGCGCCGGACAACAGCGAGGGCCCCAGGGAUGCCAAGCUCAUCCGUGCCAUCCUGGUGCGCCUGAGUGUGUUGCAACAGGAGCUGAACGCCUUCACCCGCAAGGCAGAUGUGGCCUUGGGGAGCUCCGGCAAGGAGCAGCCCGAGCCCUUCCCUGCUCUGCCUGCCUUGGGCUCCCAGGGGCCUGCUAAGGAGAUCAUGCUGUCCAAAGACCUUGGCUCUGACUUCCAGCCACCUGACUUCAGAGACCUGCUGGAGUGGGAGCCUAGGAUCCGAGAGGCCUUCCGCGCCGGUGACCUGGAGUCCAAGCCUGACCCUAGUCGGAACUUCAGGCCUUACCGAGCUGAAGAUAAUGAUUCCUAUGCCUCUGAGAUCAAGGAGCUUCAGCUGGUCCUGGCCGAGGCCCACGACAGCCUCCGGGGCUUGCAAGAGCAGCUGUCCCAGGAGCGGCAGCUCCGGAAGGAGGAGGCUGACAGCUUCAACCAGAAAAUGGUCCAGCUGAAGGAAGACCAGCAGAGGGCGCUGCUGAGGCGAGAGUUUGAGCUGCAGAGUCUGAGCCUCCAGCGGCGGCUGGAGCAGAAGUUCUGGAGUCAAGAGAAGAACAUACUGGUGCAGGAGUCCCAGCAGUUCAAGCACAACUUCCUGCUGCUCUUCAUGAAGCUCCGGUGGUUCCUGAAGCGCUGGCGGCAGGGCAAGGCUCUGCCUAGCGAGGAGGAUGACUUCCUGGAGGUGAACAGCAUGAAGGAACUGUACCUGCUGAUGGAGGAGGAGGAGAUGAACGCCCAGCACUCGGAUAACAAGGCCUGCACAGGGGACAGCUGGACCCAGAACACGCCUAAUGAAUACAUCAAGACCCUGGCCGACAUGAAGGUCACCCUGAAGGAGCUGUGUUGGCUGCUCCGGGAUGAGCGUCGGGGUCUGACUGAACUUCAGCAGCAGUUCGCUAAGGCCAAGGCCACCUGGGAGACAGAGCGGGCGGAGCUCAGGAGCCACGCCUCGCAGAUGGAGCUGAAGGCUGGGAAGGGUGCCAGCGAGAGGCCCGGGCCCGACUGGAAGGCUGCACUGCAGCGAGAGCGGGAAGAGCAGCAACACCUCCUGGCAGAGUCCUACAGCGCCGUCAUGGAGCUGACGAGGCAGCUGCAGAUGAGCGAGCGCCACUGGAGCCAGGAGAAGCUGCAGCUGGUGGAGCGGCUGCAGGGAGAAAAGCAGCAGGUGGAGCAGCAGGUGAAGGAGCUGCAGAACCGCCUCAGUCAGCUGCAGAAGGCUGCCGAGCCCUGGGUCCUGAAGCACUCGGACCUGGAGAAGCAAGACAACAGCUGGAAAGAGACACGAAGUGAGAAGACCCACGACAAGGAGGGGGUUUCUGAAGCUGAGCUUGGGGGAACCGGCUUAAAGAGGACCAAAUCAGUCUCCUCCAUGUCUGAGUUUGAAAGUUUGCUCGACUGCUCCCCCUACCUUGCUGGUGGAGAUGCCCGGAACAAGAAGCUGCCCAACAGCCCUGCUUUUGCCUUCGUGGGUACUGAGCCGGUGGAGGCUGAGAAAGGUGCCAAGGAGAAGCCCGGGCUUUCCACCCGGGACUGUAGCCACAUUGGUAGCCUGUCCUGUCCGGAGCCUGCGGGGAGACAGAUGCAGCGCAGCUACACUGCUCCAGACAAGACGGGAAUACGAGUCUACUACAGUCCCCCCGUGGCCCGGCGCCUGGGUGUCCCCGUGGUCCAUGACAAGGAAGGCAAGAUCCUCAUCGAGCCGGGCUUCCUCUUCACCACAGCCAAGCCCAAGGAGUCCGCGGAAGCUGACGGGCUGGCCGAGAGCGCCUAUGGCCGGUGGCUUUGCAAUUUUUCCCGGCAGCGGCUGGACGGGGGAUCUGGGUCCAGCACCUCGGGUUCCGGAGCCGCUUUCCCCGCAGCCUUGCAUGACUUUGAGAUGUCGGGCAACAUGAGUGACGACAUGAAGGAGAUCACCAACUGCGUGCGGCAGGCCAUGCGCUCCGGCUCCCUGGAGAGGAAGGUGAAGAGCACAUCCAGCCAGACGGUAGGUCUGGCCACCGUGGGCACCCAGACCAUUCGGACGGUCAGUGUUGGCCUGCAGACCGACCCACCCCGCAGCAGCCUCCACAGCAAGAGCUGGUCACCCCGCAGCUCCUCACUCAUGUCUGUGCGCAGCAAGCAGAUCUCUUCCUCCCUGGACAAGGUCCAUUCCCGCAUUGAGCGGCCAUGUUGCUCGCCGAAAUAUGGCUCACCCAAGCUCCAGAGGCGGUCAGUGUCCAAGCUGGACAGCACCAAGGACCGCAGCCUGUGGAACCUGCACCAGGGCAAGCAGAAUGGCUCGGCCUGGGCUCGCUCUACCACCACAAGGGAUAGCCCAGUACUGAGGAACAUCAAUGAUGGGCUGUCCAGCCUCUUCAGUGUGGUGGAGCACUCAGGGAGCACGGAGUCUGUGUGGAAACUGGGCAUGUCUGAGGCCCGAACCAAGCCUGAGCCUCCCAAGUAUGGCAUUGUUCAGGAGUUCUUCCGGAAUGUGUGUGGCCGGGCACCGAGCCCCACCACUGCAGCAGGCGAGGAGAGCUCCAAGAAGCCAGAGCCGCUUUCUCCAGCCAGCUACCAUCAAUCCGAGGGUGUAGCCAGGAUCCUGAAUAAGAAGGCAGCUAAGGCAGGCGGUAGCAAAGAAAUCCGGCCCACCAUGCUGUCCCAGGUGGGGAAGGACGGUGUCCUUCGGGAUGGAGAUGGAUCCCUGAUCCUUCCCAGUGAGGAAGCUGUCUGUGACUGUAGCGCCCAGUCACUUGCCUCUUGCUUCAUCCGGCCAUCCCGCAACACCAUCCGGCACUCUCCUUCCAAGUGCAGGCUGCACCCCUCAGAGUCAGGCUGGGGCGGGGAGGAGAGGGCAGCUCCCCAGUGAAUCACAGCACAGCCAAGCUCCCGCCUCAAGCAGCCCAGACCCUGGAGAUGAGGCAAGGGGUCAUAUCCUCAGCCUCAGUCCAUCCAGGAGGAACAGCAGCUGUGCCACUGCAACAGAAGAGCCUUCACAUUAAGGUAAAGCAAGGUGACUUGCUGACUGCUGGGCAGUGACCUCUGAUUCCCAGGGGAAGGCAAUGAGCAAGGAGAAAAACCAAACCUGGGUGACCAGGACUGAGCCUCAAAAGCACCUGGAGAACUCAGCAAGUCAGCUUUGGAUUCUAAAGGGGGCCUGGUACUACCCACACUGCUUCUUAGAAGGAUCCAGAAAAGGAGGCAUUUCUGACCAGGCUCCAGGAACAGGGCUGACAGAGAUGCUCCCUACUGACCACAUGUGGAGGAGAAGCCACUGAGAGGAUUCUACUUUGCCUAGCUCGAGGCUCUCAGAGAACUGGGCCUGGGUAGGACCGUCACCUCUUGCUCCCUCCUCUCAGCCCUGCUGCUUUGGUUGCCAGGCUUCCUGGAGCAGGGAAGGGGAACAUGGCAGAUCAGAAUUCAGGGCCAAGUACACUUAGAAUCCUGGAGCCCUGGAGCCCCCGCCUGUGCCCACAUGUAGCAAGAGCUGGGGUUGGGGCAGGUAGGAGUAGGUAGGGUUCAGAGUAGGAGGCCAGAAGAGCCGACUCCCUUGUCAUGGGGACAGGGACAUGAAGGCCCAACUUUCGCAGGAGACUCCAUGAGAACAGAAAUGGUUAGCAUCCAUCGCAGCACCUGACGAAGAGGUGAAUGCCUCCGUGGCACACCUCCAUCCGUAGGGCCGCUUUCUUGGUAGCAGGGUUAGGUGCCACAGUCCUGCAGCAGGCAGCGAGCAGAAGCGCUCCCUGGGAGAGACUGUUGCUUAGGUCAGAGCAGAGAGCGCGCCAAGAGGCCAAGACGUAGCCCAAGACGAGGACUGCGUUGUUUAUUUGCCUAGAUUGUUUAUUUGACUUUUUCAUACUAUAAAUAUUUAAGGUGAUUUACUUUAUUUUAAUAAUUUAACUUACCCCCCUCCCCACCCUCAGAGCCCCUAAGGUAAUUUAUUAGAGGUAUCCUUGCCAUUGGGACAGUGUGGGGCUUGUGACACCAUGGAGCCCCCCCAUGUGGCUGAGGCAGCUCAGCACCAGACUCAGGUCUCCUGGUUCUGUCCGAAGGGCCCUCAGCGGAGCCGGGCCUCUACACCUCGUUCUUCCCCCCCACUGCCCAUUUAGGCUCAGAGCUCUACGUUUGUACUCGGCCCAGCUCUCCAGGCCAGACUGUAAAUGCUUCAGACAAACUGCAGGCUAGAGUGAUGUCAUCACUCCCCAGACAUCCUCCACGACCCUUCCCAUCCCUCCCUUCCCUCCAACACCUCUUCUCAUGAGUCAAACACAGAUGACUGCAACUCUGUUCCUUCCCCGUUCCCGAAGUAAGAACUCGCAGGAAAACAGGAUGGACUUGUAGAAUGUUGUCUAUUGCAGCUUUGCACACCGACCUGAGAGUGUCUACCAGCCUGCCAGCCUGUUCACCAGCGCUUCUCUUAGCCUUAUAGCCAGUCACGGCUCCUCGAGCCCAAGUUCCACUGCCUGUCCUUCCUAUACCCCUAGGAGUCGCCUGAACCACAGCAGCGGAACUCAGCCGCAGUGUGGGGAGGACUCACGUGCCUCCCCUUGGUGCCAAGGAACCAAUUCCAGUUGUACACAUGCAAUGUGCCGCCCUCCUGUUCCUGGCUGGGGACCCAGGCUCAUCCAGGGAUGGAUUGGCUUUUGUGCAGAGGUCCCCUUGGAAAGGCAGAGAACCAGCUGCAUAGCUGGUCUGCUCCAGGACUAGGGGACGCCUCUACACUCCCACCUACCUGCACCCAGGCUAUCUUUUGAGAAACACCUGGGCCAGUUACCCAAAGCCCCUCGACCCCAUUCCCUAUGGGCAGUAUAUCAGGGUCAGUGCUUUCCAGCAGCUGUUGACUCGUGUCCAGUAACUUGCGUGGACAUAGUCAGCAGGCCAGUGGACCGUGGGCCAGGUCCCUCCAGGAUGCUACUGCACUCCUCUAAGAGGUCAGAGGCCCCUCUAAGAUUAUUUCUUGCUGAGGGGACCACACCAGGCCACAAGCCACCAGAGGCCUUCUGCCACCUCCCGGAGCUACUGAGAGCUUGGGAGGCUUGGAGAAAAGUCCCCAUAGUCCUGAACUUCGGGGCGUAGGGACCGUUCAGCCUUACCAUCGUCUCCGUUUGGGUUGUGCACUUCCACUGUCUCAGCACCUGGCUCCUGUGGCCCCCAACAGGUGUUGCAAGCUCCAGGUCUUGUUUUUCAGUCCCCGUUUCUAAUUCUUGCCUGCCACUGUGCAAGGCCACUUGUCACUGUCCCUAUGGAAGCCUCUGGACAUAGGGCUCAGUGGGGUUGAAAAUGUUACAUGUAAAUAUCAGUUUGGUUUGCCCUUUAACAUUUGACUUGGUAACUGAUUCUGUUUUCUUUGGGGAUGGGGUGGAAGGGUUGGUUUGUAAAUCUCUCUACUCUUUUGAAAUGUAAUUUCUAAGUUUGUUUGUUUCUUCAAAUGCCUUUUAUGUCUUGGUAACAUUCCCAAAGCAGAAAACUGCCUGGCUUAUAUGGGGAGCACUCCCCUUGAGGCCUGGGGUCCUGGGAAGGAGCUCCACCCAUCCUCCUAUCUGUGCUCUUUCUGUUCACCUCUGCUUUUCUUCUUCUUUUCUUCUUCUUCCUCCUCCUCCUCCUCUUCCUCCUCCUCCUCCAGCUUCUACCCUACUCCCAGAACCAAUGUCCCAAGGAGCCUUGGGGUCCCAUCCUCUAAAAGACUGCCUGGCUUGUGCCUACCGGGUUGACACAGAUUGGCUGGGGGCACAAGGGAGAGUUAAGUUACUUGAUUGAAACUAAGCUAAUGUCCCACCUCUUCCCUGGGCAGUGGUGACUGGUUUCGACAUGAGACUCCGCCCUUUAGGGCCCCUGAGGAACAAGGCAUCAGCAUCCAUUUCCCUUUGUCCCAUAGCCUUUCUCCUCGUCCUUCUCCCACCAAGGCUGGCCUCUAGAGAUUUUGUUCUCAGGAGCUCAGAUUGGGCCCUGUCUCUUGGCUUCUCCAGGCAUAUUCGUCUACCAGCUGGUCUCUAGGUAACCAACCUGAGUACUCAAAGACUUGAGCUUCUAGGCACGACCUUGCCGCGCUCGCUGUGUACCUUUGAUAGAUAUAUCUAUCCCUUUGUCCCUUACCCAGACAAUACCCAGAUUCUUCCCCAUACCACACACCCAGAAUGGAUCCAGUUCCAGCCUCAACUCAUGAGUCAAACACAGAUUUAACUCAACUGUCCACUGCCUCCCUCUCUCCCUCCUCACUGUAAUAGCAAACAUUCUUCCACCGUCCUCCCUAGAGCACUGUACUCUUUAGGGGUCAUAUCACCAUCUCCCCAUCUCUUCUUAGUCUCUCAAGGGCAAUUCUCAAGGGCAGGUUUGAUUGGACAGGGUUUAGUGCUCUCAUUCUAUAAAGGGGAAAACAGGGAGAGUUUUUGCCCUGGGACCUUGGACCAGGAAGUCCUCAACUGUAUAGCUGGAUGCUUCCCUGCUUUCUGUACAAACUCACUGGGACGCUGGCUAGAUUCAAAGCAUCACAAACUUGCCACUGCCAAACCCAGAGACAGGCUUUCUUUCUUAUUUUCUUUUUUCUUUUUUUUUUCUUUUUUUUUUUGUUUUUGUUUUUGUUUUUGGCACCAGUGACCAGUGUUUACAUUCACAGUACCGGCCAUUCAUCACUUCAGCUUUCUGAAUCAAGGGUCACAGCGCUAGGUCCUGAACAAGAGCCCUGUGCACUGAGCUGUGAUUUGGGAGUGAGGGUGUCUCAGCCAAACUCUUAUUUGGGUAAAUUAUUCCAGUGGUUUUCAACGGGCAUUAAAUAGUCUUCCACCUUAGUCAUAGGCUUCAUAAAACAACAGAGAGGCUGGCGGCGCAGGCCUCUAAUCCCAGCUCUGGAAGGCGGGAGCAGGAGGCUCAAGGUCAAAGCCUCUUUGGGCCAUGCACAAUUUUCUCAGGUCUUAUCUCAAAGAUGUUAAAAAGUGGUGGGUAGCUCAGUGGUCAGCGCUUGCUUCAUAAGUGUGAGGCCCUGGCUUCUGUCCUUACUGUUGGGAAAUAAACAAAACUGGGAAACCAGGGGAUGAGAACUAAGGACGUGUAUAAUUACACAAUUUAAAGUACACUCCCUUCCUCCCCAUGCUAUAUGUUUGUCUUUUUAUGUUUUAGACCCUGUUGUGCUAUGUAUUCCUGGCCGAUCUGGAAAUUGCUAUGUAGACCUUAAAUCUGUGGUGAUUUUCCUGCCUCUGCCUCACAAGUUCGGGAAUUGCAGGCGUGCACUACCAUCCCUAGCCUUAAAUUUCUUUCUGGAGUUUCCUAGAGGCCCUGGUGAGAAGUGAAACACUUUUAUCAGCCAAUCAUGAUUGUUUCUAGAGACAAACUAAUGUGGAACCUGAGAUCUCUUUACAGACCCUGGAGCUAUACCAGGUUAGCCUAAGUUAAGACAUGUUUACCAGAAGACUAUUUACAAAAUAAUGAACUGCCCCCCCUCCCCCCAAUGACUUUGGCCAAAUCACAUGGCUUGUCUUUGCCUCAGUUUCCUCAGCUAUAAAGUGGUGGCUGUGGAGAAGACCAAAUACAUCGUGCCUGUUUGUCUAAAAAAAAAAAAUGCUGAAGUUCUAUAUAAAUCUGGCUGACCACACUCUUUUUAGCCAUCGAGACCCUCAGCACCCUGGCUCCCGUGGUGAUGGCGUGUACCGCCUUCCCUCACCGGAGGAGAACCUCACCAACCUGCUCACAUCUUUUAAUGCUACUGGCGUCCUUUUGUGUGCGUAUGUGCAUGCGUUGGCACAUGCUGGGGAUGAGAUUCAGAGCCUAGCGCAUGGGAGGCAAGCAUCUUACUGCUGAGUUACGUCUCCAGCACCUAAGAGGCUUUUUAAAAAGAAUUUACUGCUGAGCAGUGGUGGCACACACCUUUAAUCCCAGCACUGGGAGGCAGAGGCAGGCGGAUUUCUGAGUUCAAGGCCAGCCUGGUCCAUAGAGUGAGUUCCAGGACAGGUAUUUACUUUGUAUCCUCAGGUGGCCUCCAACUCACUAUGUACCCAAGGAUGGGCUGGAACCUUUACUGCCUUUCUGCCUCUCUCACCAUUGGCUUUUGCCACCGCCCUUGGCCUUAGGUGCCCUUUAAGUAAGAUCUCAGUACUGUGUUAACCACCGCUAUCUCCAGAAUUUCUUCUUGGUCCCAAACUGAAAUACCACACCCCAUAAUAAUUACUAACUCCUACACAGUAAUCCCCACCCCACCCCAGGCCGGAUGACCUCUGGUUUGCUUUCUCCCUUCUUCACUGGCCUGUUUUAGGUAUUCAUGUAGAUAGAACCCAGUAGUUAUCAUUUGUGUCUCACCCCUUUACGUUAUACAGGUGGAGAAGGGCGUGGCUUGCCCAAGGCCUCUGAGCAAGACAGAGGCAUAGUUAACAGCAUAUCUCAGAGCUCCGGACUCUCCGAUUCUAUACCGUAGUGAAUGAAGCAUCCUCACACGCGCGCGCGUGUGUGCGUGUGUAUGUGUGCGUGUGUGUGUGUGUGUGUGUGUGUGUGUGUGUGUGUGGUUGGAGUUCACUUUCCACCUCACAUACCUCCCCUCCUUCUUUAUCAUUAUCCUAGUCUCCCUUCUGUCACUACGAUCUACCUGGUUUCUGCCACCAGAUGGAGUGGCCCUAGCCUAGGGCCAAGUUUUCUCUCUGGGGCCCUGGGCUCUCUAUAGCACUAGAGCCUCCUAGGUCCUCUAGUGUGCUGUUCCCUCCUGUGAUUUGUGUGUGACCUUGGCAGUCUCCCCCCGCCCCCAUCCCAACAAACUCACCUGCACAUCCCAUCUCGAAAGUGCCAUGUGCAGUCUGUCUCCCGAUUGCAAGGUUUGCUCUCGGGUCUGGAAUUCUGUCCGGGGUUUAUUUUGUAUUUCCUCUCACUAGAGGCACCCGCUUCUUCCACGGAUCGUGCCACUCUGUCCCUUCUAGUCCUCCUCAUGAGGUGCAUCCCACUCUCUGCCUCCUGUCCUCCUUGUCCUCAGUCUCCCAGUAGCAUGACCUUCCACCGGGAGGAUGUGUGGUGGACACGGACUUGCUCUCCACCUUUGGGCCUUCUCUGCCCAGCCCACUUCUGGUGGCUUUGGUGUAAAGCAGGGGAAGCUCGCCCUCUCUUGCUUUGCUUUUGUGCCUCUCUGCCUAUCCCAUUACGUCUCUCCUGCAAAUCAGCUCAUCUCCGCAGAACCCAAUCCCCUAAAACAACAGCAUCUGCAGUUUGCAGAAUCCACAGAUUCUUGAAAGGGGACCCAGGUGUGGUCCUGGGCCACAGUCCCUGUUCAGGUCUUCUCCUCCACCUGGCCACUUUCCUGCCUCACCCUCCUGACACCCUCCUCUUCCCUCUGCUCACCCCACUGACCUGGCCUCCUCUUCCUGUCUUUCACUAGCUCCCUGGACCCUAAAGGGAGAGGUUUUGGUUUCCUCAGAAUAUCCUGGAAGGACUGAGGCAGUUGAGUCCUUGUCACACCACAUGCAAAGCUACCUGUGCCACUUCUAUGAAGAGAGACCUCAGCUGGCAGUCUGGAAACCUACCUAUCCCAAGUUUGAGCCUCCCACUUUUACAGUCCUCUUGGGAGCACUAUGAUGACCCGAUGAGCCUCAAAUGUCCUUCAUGUCUUGGGGCUCUGUAGCCUCCCCUGGACCGACCGGGCCCUGGCAACCCUUGUUCUUGCCUCAACUAUUGAUCUUGUGCCUUAGUCUACUUCUCCACACGGGGGUGGGGGGUGCGGGGUGGGGGCUGGGGGGGCCUCACCCACCACAUCAUUCCUCGCAUCUAUCCAGAACUUUCGGUGCCUCUUCAGCUGGGCCUUGCCAACGUGGCUUGCCUUAGGAAUACCAGGUUGCCAAGGCAGUUGGGGCCCCACUGGCAACUCUGUCCCCUGUAGAAGCGUCACCAGGAAAAUUGGCGGAAGUGCAGGCUGUUGGCCCCACUGAAGCAGGCCCAGCAGGCUGGGGUAUGAAGGAGCCUCCCAUCGUUCUGACAUAGGCAAGUUUGCCAGCAGCAACGAGGUUGUGGGCCCAGGUGAGAUUUCAGUGCAGCCUGGGUAGGAACUCGGGCUAGCCUGAGCCAAGAACAGUGGACAACAACCGGUCAAGGGGACUCCUAGAUUCAGGGCCUCUGGCCCCACAUGGAACAACACUGGCAUUUCCUCGUUCCUCUGGAGAGGGGGCAGCGGUCACAGUUUUCCUGUUGUCUCUCUGCCUUCCUUUCAGCCCAGCUUGCCAUCCCCCACUAAUUUGGAUUUCCGGGAAAGCUGCAUAGGUGGUCACAGCAGGCGAGGGGCUCAGUCCCUGGAGGCAGGAGACCAGAAGGACGCUUUUCUUUCUUUUUUUUUUCUUUCUUUCUUUUUUUUUUUUCCGAGACAGGGUUUCUCUGUAUAGCCCUGGCUGUCCUGGAACUCACUCUGUAGACCAGGCUGGCCUCAAACUCAGAAAUCCACCUGCCUCUGCCUCCCAAGUGCCCGGAUUAAAGGCAAGUGUCACCACUACCCGGCCAGAAGGAUGCUUUUCAUUUAUCCAUUGGGAUUCUCACCUCAUGCUCCCAUGCUGCACCUCAUCCUCCCGAUUCCAGCGAGACUGUGUACACAGUGCCAAAAAUCAGUUCCAACUCCCAGCGCCCAGGGAAGAGAGAGAGUUUGCCUUUCCUCUCCAUCCUGGCUCCCCCUCCUCAACCUGGCCAAUACUGUGAAGCCCCUUCCUGCUCAGUCGGGUUUCCUGGUGAGGGUCCUGCAGUCGUGGGCCCUGUGGGACCCCUCAGGAGGGAAGGGACCAAGGGCCUCCUUGGGCCAACUGUCCACCUCUCUCUCCCACUGUUCUGUCCUUCUCUCCCUUCUACUACCCCCACCUCUGCUUUUCUAUCUUUAAAGGUUCCUUCCCAGGACAUACUGGGUGGUAGGACAGCAUCUAGUCCACCUGCUGUCCUUGCCCUGUGUCUUAUUUCAGACAUGAGACCUGUACAGUGUAAACUUACAAAGUGUUUUUAAUGGUUGUAGAUUGGAAAUAAAGUAUGUCAUAUAAA